AUGGAAAUGGAGGAUUACGGAGGAGAAGAGUUUGUAUAUGAAUCAGACGAAUGGGAAGAUGGGGAAAUAGAUCUCCGAGAUGACGACGAAAUAGACAGAGAAAAAGAAAAGGAACUCCGAAUGAGAAAUCAGAAGACUAUUAUUUACUUAAAGUAUGUGGAUAAACACUUGAAGGGAAUGAAGAAAUUAAUCAAAGAAUUGGUAGAUUCUGAUGAAGCUGAGACAAUAGAUAAAUCUACGGCGGCUCGAAUGAUAGAUGUUUCCAGUACUUCUCGGUUCUUCUCUGACUUCAUGUCGAGUGAGACACCAGCUGAAACUUCUGAUAGUGAGGACGAGGCAAAAGAAUCCAACACAGAUUCUUCUGAUAUAUCGUCGAGGGAGAGUGUCUCCAAAAGAGUUCGAGUCAAUAAUGAAAACGAAGGAAUAUCAGAAAAACGUCGCCGAGUUGAUAGCAAAUAUCAAGGAGAAUCAGAUGCCCCAACCCCAGAAAUAAUUCCAAUUCCACGAAAGAAAUAUCCAUAUAUUCAUAAAGUUCUCGACUCACUCGGAAUAAAAGUCGAAAACGUACUGCACCUCUUUCAAUGUGAUCCCGGAUUGAAAUAUCUCCAGAAAAUAUUAGAAGGACACUUGUUUUCUAUAGCACAACGCUAUGAUUUCAGUACUCAGGAAAAUCGAAAGUUGUUCAUGGAUGAAUUGAAUAGAUCUAUGCCAGUGGACAAGCUCCUUUUCUACCAGCUUUUCAAUUGCAUGCCGAAGGAGGAAUUAAUGGAACAUCUUGCUAGAAUCUUACCGAACUCACAUGAAAUGACUCCAGAAGCAUGGCGUCUUCUCAUUAAAAUCUUGAAGUGUUAUCGCCCGGUUCCUGUGAAUUUGGGAGAAAAACCUAUGGAUAUUCCCGAUUUUCCACUUCCGAAAAUGAUGGAGCAACUCAUUGAUCUCCUACCUGAACGACUAGAACCCGAUCCACCAGUGAAUUCUACACGUUUCAACUUGCGACCAGAACCACUGCAUUCCGAGGGACACACCGCUAUUUUAACACUUUUGUCAAUCGCAGAUCCAGUUCCCAAGAAUGAUCAGCCACUUUUACCCGUCCGUAUCCCGCCGACACUUCCAGAACCACAAAACAUUCAGGCGACGGAUCUGGAACUUUGUGAACCAGUUAUUCGUUUACUUAUGGGUUUUGCAGUGGCAACUAGAUGCUCCAAGAUGAACGUGUUCAUACAUCGUUUGAAUGCUGAGGUGCAAAGAAAUUCAAGAAAGCAACUUAUGAUCCCACGAGGAUACGCCGACUAUGCACUACAAACCUUUGUCGAACUUUUGAUUGCUGGUUCAUCGGAAAUAGUUGCAGAAGGAAAUUCAAUAAAACUUUCAACCUUUCUCAUCUCACUUCGAAUGGGAUCAAUUCAUUUUCAACGUUUUAACAAUUUUCAAUCAGUUUUGAUGUGUGCAUCCGUCAGCGGAAAUAAUACCAAAAAGAGACUUCCACACGAUUGUAUGUAUUAUUGGUUUUCCUGGUGUUACAACUUCCUCGUUUCGGAAAUUAGAAAACUUUCCUAA